CAAAGCUGCGGCGUCCUAGAAGAAGCGACUCGUGGCGGUGGAAUUUGGCGGCGCUGGUUCUGUAGGAGAAAGCAGCCAUGGACCUCGCGGCGGCCGCGGAACCGGGGGCCGGCAGCCAGCACCAGGAAGUGCGCGACGAGGUGGCCGAGAAGUGCCAGAAACUGUUCCUGGACUUCUUGGAAGAGUUCCAGGGCAGUGAUGGAGAAAUUAAGUACCUGCAGUUAGCAGAGGAACUAAUUCGUCCUGAGAGAAAUACACUGGUUGUAAGUUUUGCAGACCUGGAGCAAUUUAACCAACAACUGUCCACCACAAUUCAAGAAGAGUUCUAUAGAGUCUACCCAUACCUGUGUCGGGCAUUGAAAACCUUCGUCAAAGACCGGAAAGAAAUUCCUUUUGCCAAGGAUUUUUAUGUAGCAUUCCAAGACCUACCUAGCAGACACAAGAUUCGAGAGCUCACCUCAUCGAGAAUUGGUUUGCUCACCCGCAUCAGUGGGCAGGUGGUCCGGACGCACCCAGUACACCCAGAACUUGUGAGCGGAACAUUCCUGUGCUUGGACUGUCAGACAGUGAUCAAGGAUGUAGAGCAGCAGUUCAAAUACACACAACCAAACAUCUGUCGGAAUCCAGUUUGCGCUAACAGGAGGCGAUUCUUGCUGGAUACAAAUAAAUCAAGAUUUGUUGAUUUUCAAAAGGUUCGUAUUCAAGAAACUCAAGCAGAGCUUCCCAGGGGAAGUAUUCCUCGAAGUUUAGAAGUAAUCUUGAGAGCUGAAGCUGUAGAAUCAGCUCAAGCUGGUGACAAGUGUGACUUUACAGGGACACUGAUUGUUGUGCCUGAUGUCUCCAAGCUUAGCACACCAGGAGCACGUGCAGAAACAAAUUCCCGUGUUAGUGGUGUUGAUGGAUAUGAGACAGAAGGCAUUCGAGGACUCCGGGCCCUUGGUGUUAGGGAUCUUUCUUAUAGACUGGUCUUUCUUGCUUGUUGUGUUGCACCAACUAACCCACAGUUUGGAGGGAAAGAGCUCAGAGAUGAGGAACAGACAGCUGAGAGCAUUAAGAACCAAAUGACUGUGAAGGAGUGGGAGAAAGUAUUUGAAAUGAGUCAAGAUAAAAAUCUAUACCACAAUCUUUGCACCAGCUUGUUCCCUACUAUACAUGGCAAUGAUGAAGUAAAACGGGGUGUUCUGCUGAUGCUCUUUGGCGGUGUUCCAAAGACAACAGGGGAAGGGACCUCUCUUCGAGGGGACAUAAAUGUUUGCAUUGUGGGUGACCCAAGUACAGCUAAGAGCCAAUUUCUGAAGCAUGUGGAAGAGUUCAGCCCCAGAGCUGUCUACACCAGUGGCAAAGCAUCCAGUGCUGCUGGUUUAACAGCAGCUGUUGUAAGAGAUGAAGAAUCUCAUGAAUUUGUGAUUGAGGCUGGAGCUUUGAUGCUGGCUGAUAAUGGUGUGUGUUGUAUUGAUGAAUUUGAUAAGAUGGAUGUGCGAGAUCAAGUUGCUAUUCAUGAAGCUAUGGAACAGCAGACUAUAUCCAUCACUAAAGCAGGUGUAAAGGCAACUUUGAAUGCCCGGACAUCCAUCUUGGCAGCAGCAAAUCCAGUCAGUGGACACUAUGACAGAUCAAAGUCAUUGAAACAGAAUAUAAAUUUGUCAGCUCCUAUCAUGUCUCGAUUUGAUCUCUUCUUUAUCUUGGUAGAUGAAUGCAAUGAGGUUAUAGAUUAUGCUAUUGCCAGGCGUAUUGUAGACUUACAUUCGAGAAUUGAGGAAUCGAUUGAUCGAGUCUAUUCCCUUGAUGAUAUCAGAAGAUAUCUUCUUUUUGCGCGACAGUUUAAACCCAAGAUUUCCAAAGAGUCACAGGACUUCAUUGUGGAACAGUAUAAACGCCUUCGCCAGAGGGAUGGUUCUGGAGUAACCAAGUCUUCGUGGAGGAUUACAGUGCGUCAGCUUGAGAGCAUGAUCCGGCUUUCUGAAGCUAUGGCUCGAAUGCACUGCUGUGAUGAGGUCCAACCUAAGCAUGUGAAGGAAGCCUUUCGGUUACUGAAUAAAUCAAUCAUCCGGGUUGAAACGCCUGAUGUCAAUCUAGAUCAAGAGGAAGAGACCCAAAUGGAAGUAGAUGAGGGUCCAGGAGGAACCAAUGGUCAUGCUGACAGCCCUGUCCAUGUGAAUGGAAUUAAUGGCUACAGUGAAGACAUAAAUCAAGAGUCUGUUUCCAAACCCUCCUUAAGGCUGGGCUUCUCUGAGUAUUGUCGAAUCUCUAAUCUUAUUGUGCUACAUCUCAGAAAGAUGGAAGAAGAGGAAGAUGAGACAGCGUUAAAGAGGAGUGAGCUUGUUAACUGGUACUUGAAGGAAAUCGAAUCAGAAAUAGACUCUGAAGAAGAACUUAUAAAUAAAAAGAGAAUCAUAGAGAAAGUCAUUCAUCGACUCAUACACUAUGAUCAUGUUCUAAUUGAACUCACACAAGCUGGAUUGAAAGGUUCUACAGAAGGAAGUGAGAGCUAUGAAGAAGAUCCCUAUUUGGUAGUUAACCCUAACUACUUGCUUGAAGACUGAAAUACUAAAAGUAAAUGACAAGAGCCAAAGAGCUUUGGCACAGCUUUCUUGUCUGGAACCUGUAUGGAACUCUUAAGAAGAAAAGCUAUGCUUUGGAGUUUGUUCCAAGAAUAACAGUGGAGUCCUAUGUGUCACAUUCCUAUCGUAUGCAUUUAUACCAGCACAGGCUUUAGUGUGUUUAUUGUCCCAGUAAAAUUGGAACUGAGUAAUGAGUAGUUUCUGUAAGUAAGGCCUUUGCUUUGUUUUCACAAAUGUAGGAAAAAGCCUGUUACUUUUAUGGUGGUAUGCAGUAUCUUAUCCAAUCAAGUUAAUAAAACUUUCUUCAAUUGCUAACUACUGCUUUUAUUCGGGAAAUAAAAUAAUUUGAUCUGAAA